GCCCGGCGGGACUAGGCUAAACCUCUCCCCCGCAUCUGCCCCAGCAGGUUGUUUGCAAAGGUCAAUCCCACCGGCUGCCGCCGCCGCCGGGCUCAGCUGCUCUUGGCUCAGUCCUCAAGAUCCACGUGCCGGCAGCAGCGACUGGCGAUCCGCCUUGUCCUCGCUUAACUCCGUGCGGGAGCGGAAAGCCAGCGGCCGAUCCCGCUGGCCGGGCGAGCAUGGCCGUGCUCCACUUGCACCUGUACCUCACCGCCUUGGGCUUCUGGGUGACACAGCAGUCCAGCUCCUUCCUGCUGCCCAACGCCACCGAGCUGCUGUCCCCCCCUGGGGGCAGAGCCACGGACCUGCUGUGGGGCGUGGGGGUCCCCCGGAGCCGUCGGAAGCGAUAUCUCUCCCCCCGCGACAUGAGCGUGAUUUUGGACUACCACAACCAAGUGCGGGCACAGGUGUCCCCUCCCGCCGCCAACAUGGAGUAUAUGGUGUGGGAUGAGCGGCUGGCCAGGGCGGCAGAGGCAUGGGCUGCGCGCUGCCUGUGGGACCACGGGCCCCCCCAGCUGAUGAAAUACGUGGGGCAGAACCUCUCCAUCCACUCGGGCAGGUACCGUUCUGUCGUGGACAUGGUGAAAUCAUGGCACCAGGAGAAGCAGCACUACUCCUUCCCCCACCCCCGCGAGUGCAACCCCCGCUGCCCCUCCAAAUGCAGCGGCUCUGUCUGCAGCCACUACACGCAGAUGGUGUGGGCAUCCUCCAGCCGCCUGGGCUGCGCCCUCAGCACCUGCGCCAACGUGCAGGUGUGGGGCAGCACAUGGCGGCACGCCGUCCUCCUCGUCUGCAACUACGCCAUCAAGGGCAACUGGCUGGGAGAAGCGCCAUACAAAGUGGGGCGGCCCUGCUCAGCCUGCCCCCCCACCUACGGCGGGGGCUGCUCCAACAACAUGUGCUUCACUGGACUCAAAUCCAACCAAGUCAGCUGGUUCUAGGGCUGCAGCCCUGCGAGGAAGCCCCCGCCAGUGGGGACGGGGUGAACCAGAAUUAUUUAUAACACUGACCCCCCCAGCAGCCCGGCAGUCCACCCUGCUUCAUCCCUAGUGCCGCGUAGGAAACUGCUUUUUUAACACCCCUCUCCGGCAGCGCUCGCAU